GCCAUCUACAUGCUCGCAGGACCCUUCCUUAACUCACAUGUACGCCCCCUGUGUGCAUGGAGUGAAACAGUUUGGACACGUUUCUAUAUUUUAUUGUUUCUGAACGAUAAACCGAGAGUUUAAUCCAAAAUGAGCGCGCAGAUCACCUGUGUCGGAUGGGUAGCGAGAGGCGUCUCCAAGGAAACACCGGACAAAGUGGAGUUGAGCCAGGAAGAACUUCAGCGCAUCAUUAGUGAAGCGAAGCAGGAGAUUGGGGAACUAGCAGCCGAGGAAGAGGAAGACGACGACGACGAAGGCAUUUGUGAAGAUAAUCUUGACGGUAAUACAGCGGAGGAUGUUGCUGCUGUCCCAAAGAAUGAGAACAAGGAGGGAAAGGAGGAAGAGGACGAAUUGGCAGAGUACGGCCUGGACAGAUAUGAUGAAGAGGAUGCAGCCACCUCUAAUCUGGGAGACAGUCUGGCUGGGCUUACAGUGUACAGCUGUAACGAGGAGGAUCCCUACAUCACCAUCAAAGACACAGACCAGUACGAGCGGGAAGACUUCCAAAUCAAACCCAGUGACAAUCUGAUCCUGACGGGCCGCGCGGAGAAGGACUGCUGCAACUUAGAGAUCCACGUCUAUAACUCGGACGAGGACUCUCUGUAUGUCCAUCACGACAUUCUGCUGCCAGCGUACCCUCUGUGUGUGGAGUGGCUCAACUUUGACCCCAGCCCCGGAGAAGGAGCCGGUAACUACGCCGCUGUGGGGAACAUGACUCCUCAGAUCGACGUGUGGGACCUGGAUGUGGUCGACUGCUUGGAGCCCGCCUUCUCCCUGGGGACCAAAAUGGCAGCCAAGAAGAAAAAGAAGAGCAAGAAGGGGGCGGCAGCAGAGCCUACGGAGGGCCACGCGGACGCAGUGCUGGAUAUAUCCUGGAACAGACUGGUCAGGAAUGUGCUGGCCAGCGGAUCAGCUGAUGACACCGUGAUCUUGUGGGAUCUCACUCAAGGAAAACCAGCCACUACUCUGCGCAGGCACACUGAUAAGGUUCAGACGGUAUCAUUCCACCCAUUCGAGGCCCAGACUCUGAUAUCAGGCUCUUACGAUAAGACAGCUGUUCUGUACGACUGCCGGAGUCCAGACAACAGCAACCGGACCUGGAGGUUCAGCGGUCAGGUGGAGCGUCUGGCCUGGAACCACUUCUCCCCGUACAACUUCCUGGCCAGCACAGAGGAUGGAUUCGUCUACUGCCUGGACGCACGCUCAGAUAAACCCCUGUUCACGCUGAAGGCUCACGAUGAAGAAGUGUCGGGUUUGGACCUCAGCAGCCAGAUUAAAGGAUGCCUGGUCACCUCAUCGGCCGACAAACACGUCAAGAUCUGGGACAUUUUGGGCAACAAGCCCAACCUGGUGCACUCCAGGGAUAUGAAAAUGGGUGUGCUGUUCUGUGCGUCGUGUUGCCCCGAUCACCCCUUCGUCUACGCCUUCGGGGGACAGAAGGAAGGCCUGCGGGUUUGGGAUAUAAGUGAUGUUGCAGCAGUGACUGAGGUGUUUGGCAGCCGAGAGCGCUUGGUGGCGAACACGGGAUCCCAGGCCUCCAGCGCGGCAGCCUCGGCAGAGAUGGAAGUCGCCGAGUGACGCUCUUGGAUGAAUCAGCAACCUGAACACACGAAUAAACUGAGAAACGCCUGAAAGCACACCCAGCCGCCCUGCUGUCGGUGUGUUCUCAGAGUGCAGGAGUUCAAGGGGAAAGGAUUGGAACAAAUACAAAUGCAUUCCUGAAGAAUUCGGAAGGUGGAGAGAAUGCAAACUAGCACCGAAAACACCUGAAGAAACGUGUUCAGCUUGUCUCUCGCUACACAGAAAACAACAGCUGCUUUGCACGCUCAAAGAUGUGUGAAUAAAAGACAAAGCGGUAUAUUCAUGAGUGAAUAAUCCAAGAUGUUUUAAGUGGACGCAGUGAUUCAGAUAUUUCAAAUGUUUAUAUAAGUUUAAGAUCUCUUCAGUUUUCCUUUUGUUGUCAUAUGCUACAAAAACUAUUUUAACAUGCAUACCUGCGUUUCCUGGUAAUGGCGAACGGUUUAAUAAAAAGUCUGUAUACUAUCAUCUGGCACCUGUAUUAGAACAUAGUGGACUCAUUAAUAUGCUGUAUAUUCAAUAAAUAAAUGCAGUUUAAUAUGUGUAAA